AUUUUCAUAUUACAUGCCUUUGCAUUAAAAUGUAUGUAGUUACAUUCUGUACAUGCCACCUCCUAUCAUAACCUAGGAUUUUUCUGCUUUAAUCUACUCUUCGUCCUCCAACGAUUUAGAGUAUUCGUCUUCUCUGGAUCAAAACGAGGAGAUAAAAUGGAAGACGCUAUAACCACUCGUUUCAAAAAUUUGAUCAUCAGCAGCAAUGAUGCAUUGGAAUUCAAAUUGAUAAGGAAACCUGAUGACGUAGAUGACGAUAAACUCAUCUUUAAACCUGAAAUGUCUCAUCAGGUUUUUGGCGAUAGCGAAAAUAUAUUUGGAUAUCGAGACUUACGCAUUAAGCUAUAUUACUCAGCUGGCUGCUUAGAAACCUACCUAGGAAUGACAUACACUGAAAAAGCAGAUAAGUCAAUAUGCGAGGGUGUUGAAGCCGAUGAAGUUUUGCCGAAAGUCCGUGAAAAGUUAGCAUCCGAAGUGCAUAGCAGUAUUGACUCGUUUCUCGUGGCGCUUAAAAAUGAUGAAUCUUGGGCACCGCCAGGAACCUUGAUUUAUUCUUUUUCUGUAAACGACAAAGAAAAAGGCCAGAGACAUUUUGAAGUAUACAAAGCUGACAUGAGCUGUAAAGGUUUUAAGGAGUACCACGAACGCCUGCAGACCUUUCUACUCUGGUACAUAGAUGCUGCUAGUUUUAUUGAUAUCGAUGAUGACCAGUGGCACUACUUUAAUAUGUUUGAGAAGUAUACUUCCACUGUGGGAUCAUACCAGUACGCAACGGUCGGUUUUGCAACAGUCUACCAAUAUUAUGCCUAUCCACGCCAUGCGAGACCUCGAAUUGCCCAGGUUCUUGUCCUUCCUCCGUUUCAGGGACAUGGUGUAGGGGCUCAGUUACUUUCUGCCAUUUAUAGAGAGUAUGUUGGGCGAAGUGAAGUAAAAGAUAUCACCGUCGAGGAUCCUUCUGUAGACUUUCAGCGUUUACGAGACUUUGUUGAUGCAAAGAACUGCCAAACUUUAGAAAGUUUCAGCAAUAAAAACCUGAUACAAGGCUUCAACAAAAACAUGGCUAUAGAAGCGAGUGCAAAAUUCAAGAUAAACAAGAAACAAGCUCGUAGAGUUUAUGAGAUAUUGAGAUUACGCAUUACCGAUGUAUCAAAUGAACAGCAAUACCAAACAUAUCGAUUGGAUGUUAAGAGAAGGUUAAAUGUUCCAUAUCAACGAGAACAAAAGAACUUUAAAAAAUUACAGAGAGUCUUAAAAUCUGUGGAGGGAGGGGCAAUUAUUGAUGGCCCAUCUGCCGACCAACGAAUGCAGAUACUUGAUAAGCAAUACAGGCUGCUGGAAGAGGAAUAUAAAAGAGUCAUAGAUCGAAUGGAAGUAUCUGAUUGACUUAACUUGUUAAAGCUUGUGAGAUUUUGAUACGAGACUGCAAACAUAACAGUACAUUAAGUUUAUGCAUAGAGGAAAUUAUUUUUCCAAGACAUAGUUCAUAAAGUUAGAUUUGUUUCAGCAAACGUGUUGUAUGAACGUUUGCUAUUGAAUGCUAUGAAAGUAAUCAUGGGUUAAAUAGUAAAUUCAAGAGCUCGAUACGAUUAUUGUUUCAACGAAAAUGAGAUCGCUUUGUCUGCUGUACAUCAUUACGUCUUAUUACGGAGUUCACUUGUUUCAAAGUUCAUGAUCACAGUAUGAUUGGCAGUGGUUUGCAGUUCUCAUAUACUUUUUGUGAUAAAUCUUAUUCUAAUUUAAUAUUUUUCUACAAUCUUCUGUCAUUUAGAAAUUACGAUACUUGAAACCAUGAAUGUAAGUAUAUUAAAAUGUGUAUGCAAGA